GACAGAACGGAUUGUGCGAAAGAAAUGAACACCAGUAGUUUAUUGGUUACAUAUUUUAUCACUAAAGCCCGUAAAUAUAUUUGCGAUCUUACAAAAUUAGUAGGUAUCUAAAAAAUCAAAGUAUUUUCUUGCUUACAAAUUACAUAGUUUUAAAUAGUGAGUUAAAUGGAGUGUCGUGGUAAAUAUCAUUAUGUAAACAAAUUUGGUUUAGAAGAUCGGGUACAGGUUUAGCAAGAUGUAUGAGUAACCAAUGACCGCAGGGCAUCCCUGCGCGGCGGUGUGUAUAGUGGAGCGGAGGGCAGGGAAGAUCAAAUUGAGAUGGCUAAGGACUGCUAGCUAGCUCAGAUCACAUCAUUACAGUAUUUGAUUCUUGAUUCGUCUCGGAAAGGAUCGAUGGAAAAUGACAAUAGGCGCCACACUCUCCGGUAUGAAUUCUUCGCCAACUCUGCGUCUCACGUUGGUGGCACCUACAGUACCAAAUACCUGAAAGGUAGGAAGAUUGACUGUCAUAUCACAGAAUAUCUAAUAGUACUACGUAGUACUACUUGUGUGUCUAACGCGGGAUGAUCACAUGAUAAGAGUCAAUGUCACAGACUACACAUUUUUUUAAUUCUAUGACAGGCCAAACAAUCGCGGAUACGAUGCCACUAACACAAGAAAAACGCCUGGAUAGUAACUUUUCUAACAACAAUGAUCAAAGUUAUCUUCAUAAGAAGUUUAAGAAAAUGGCAUCAACCAUUGCGGUUUUUCCCACAAAUCAAAUAAGGGGCGGGGAAACCAGACAUAAAGAAACCGACGUAGUACAGUCUGAUUGUAAUACUUCAAUUUCGAAUGGAAGCAUCGCAGCAGCGCAUCCGGAAAUAGAAAAGAUAAAAGUGAAACUAGAUACAAAUAUUAUAGAUGUUCAUGAUGAAAAGAAAAAUGUACAAACUAUUUAUAAUGAUGAAAAUUUUAGGUUAAGUAAUGUAAAUAAUAAUGUUCAAGUAACUGGUCAGACUAGUUACGCUGAUGAAUUUUCUAAUAAGACUGAGAACAUUGAAAAUGAUUUUAUCAGGGAUGCCUACAACGGGGGCAUAGGUGGCCGUUAUAUAUGCCCUUACUGUAAAUUAUCUUGUGCCAAGCCUUCUGUUCUUCAAAAACAUAUCAGAGCUCAUACGAAUGAGAGACCUUAUCCUUGUGUACCUUGUGGAUUUGCUUUUAAAACAAAGUCUAAUUUAUAUAAACAUCGAAGAUCUAGAACACACGCUUUAAGAUUGCAAGGAUCAGAUGCGCCUGCUACUAUUAAUGAAGAUGAUUUGUCAGGUGGUUCGGAAAGUGAUACGUCUCUACCACCGACAUCAAUUUCUGAUGCUGGAUCUGAUUCGUCUGUUGCUCGCACUGAACAUUUCAAAUUCAAUGAUAUAUCAUUACAAGAAUUCACUGAUUAUGCAUCACAAAGCACAAAUUUAUCUCUAAACGAUAAUGCUAAAUCAAGGACAAUUUAUAAGCCUAAGUUCAGAGGAGCAUGUUAUCAAGAAACAGACGAAAAAGAUAAAUUAAAGAAAACAAUGUCAUCAAAUGCUGAUUUUCUUACUGAACAUAUCUCUAAAAUUAUAUCAGAUAAUGAAGCCAUUGUUGACGUCAUAGAUACACCUUUGCAAAAAAAGUAUGGUAAAAUUAAACAAAUAGCAGAAAGUAAACAACUUUUACAUGAUUAUAUAGAAACUAAACCAGAAUCAUCUCCAUUAAACUUAACAAAGAACAGCAAUGAUAGUGAGAAUUCAUUUAGAAAAAGAUCACAUUCAGAGAGUUUUACAAAUAUUGAUAAUCAAAAACAUCCUUUAAAUCCAGAGAGGUCUAUAAUAAAAGAUCUGCUUCUAAAAACAAAAUCUAAUUGUUUAUCAUCAAUUACAGGCGAAAUGAUUGAGGGAUUGGGACCAUUAUUUGUUUGCCCUCUGUGUCAGAUAAUUUAUCGAAGUGCAGAUAACUUGGAGAUACACAGAACAUAUUACUGUAAAGGAAGUACUGUGGGUUCUAACAGUAACGUAUCUCUUAAUUCUACGCAAAAAGAUGUAAAACUUGUAAGACCAGAAAAUAUAUUUGUAAGAAGCAACUCUGUUAAUGUCCGAUUGCCUGAAACGCUAUCUAAUUCUUCUCCAAAAUCCUCAGGUAUAAAAAAUAAACCAGAGAACCUUAAUAUUACAAAACUAGAGUCCAACGAUAUUGCAGCUCCAUUACCAUCGCCUGGGCCUUUGUUAGGUAGCACACGACUUGUAGAUACUAGGACACCCACCGAAUAUAGAAAAACAGAAAAUUUGAAAAUAAAACCUCUUAGUCCGAAAAGAAGAAUCGAUAGCAGAUCCGAUACAUACAGUCCAAGAUUAACGGAAAAUAUAUCCCCUCGAACAGAAAUGUAUUCGCAAUCAAAAAUUAGAUGUAUUGAUGGAAAUUCCGUAGCCUUAAGAUAUUUAGAAGAAAUGUCACAGCAUAUGAGAAGUAAUUCGACAUCUCUUCAGAUGUUUGGAGGUGAAGUAAAAAUAUUGGACCACGCAGGCGGUACAACGACUUUGCGAAUAGAACCAAGUAAAAAUCAGUUAUCCCCUAUAUUAGUACAACAAAAUCUUUCUCCAUCAAAACUCGGCAAUGAUACAGAAGCGAGUAGCGUUGUAGUUAGAUCAGGACUUCAUUCUGGUGGAACUAUGGUUCACAAACCUCCAACUCCAAAAGAAAUUAUAAAUACUCCACAACCGCAAACUCCUAGAAUUACAAUAUCAACUGCAUCUGGCAAUUUACCAAACAUUCACGACAUCACACAUUUUCAAUUUCCACCCCUUAGUGCAAUUACGGCUUUUAAUCCUUUGACUUUACCGCCACUUAGUCCGAGUUCUUCUCCUAAUGGUGCAACGACAAUUUUACAUGGCGGAAAAUUAAUACCCCAUGUCCCAGGGAUACCUGGACCAAAUACACCAGGUGCGUUUACAGAAAAUUCUUUAUUGCAAGUAAAAAGUGUACAUGGCGACGUUUUAAAAUCUCCUGUGAAAUCCCCUAGAGAUGAUACUUAUGUUAGUGUCGUUCAAUCUAUUAAAGGAAAUGGUAAUAAAUAUGACAGUUUACGAAACGCAAGAAGCCCCAGUAUAAGAACAAGUUCCAUAGAAAUAGAAAAGAAUAAUCAAGACCAUUUAAAUAACGAUACAACCCAUUAUGUAACAACAAUACCGGCUAUUAGGAUAAAAAAUGUUGAUGACCAGCAAAACAAACCAUUAUUAUCUGUCGGAAAAAGUUCAAUAGGGAGACCAGAAGGAGUUUUUAAGAGAAAUUCUGACAGUUUGUCUAAGACUCCUGUUCUUAAGGAAAAUAAUUAUCCACCAAACAAACUGAAGAUAAAAGAUAAAAUUACUUCUACUUGCAGUAAAAAUAAUGACAUUCAAAUUGACAACAAAAUUAGAAGCUUCAAUUUUGAGAACUUAAUCACCAAGGUAGAAAUAUUUAAUAAUCAAAUACCAAGUUCUUCUGAAGUGCAAAAGAAUACAAAUGCUCAAGAAACAAGUACUGUGUCGAUUUCAAAUGAACGAUCAGAAACUUCAUAUUUUCAAAAAAAUGUCACAUCUAGAAAUACUGCAGAAGAAAGAAAACCAAAAUUUUUAAGACCAUCUACAUUGCCGUUGAAACCUGGUACGUUCACGCCUAAAAGACAUCAUGGUAUCACUCCUAAUGCAAAUACAAUGCCCUUGGUGUCACCUGAAACUCCUCGACCUGCUAAAGCUUACGGACAACUCUAUUUAAAUGGAAAUGCAUAUACAUAUUUAGGCCUAAAAUGCUCAACUAAAGUUUUCUACUGCACAAUCAAUCGACCGCAGCCUACAUAUGUGCCUAAUCAGCAUUUCCUGUCUAUGUACAGCAAUUGGCAGUUACUAUCCGAGCUGACUCCAGAUCCAUUGGGAUUAUCAGCAUCUAGUACUAUGUCUUUAUAUGACUCCCGUCAUCGACCGCAAAACGUAACAGUUGCAGUGGUAAAACAGGACCUCAUAUUAACACAUUCAUCAAAGUGGAAUAAAAAUUCAAAGGAAUAUAAACAGGUCGCGACAUCUGUUGACUCUAAAAAAUCAGAUGAAAGCAAACUUCAAAUAUCUGAUAGUAACAUAACUCCAAAAAAAGAAUUAACGGGCGGUUUUGAAAGUAAUGAAGAAUAUACAUACGUGCGCGGCAGGGGUAGAGGUCGAUAUGUUUGUUCAGAAUGUGGUAUACGUUGCAAAAAGCCCUCGAUGCUAAAGAAACAUAUCCGUACCCACACCGAUGUUAGACCAUAUACAUGUACACAUUGUGCCUUCAGUUUCAAGACGAAGGGUAAUUUAACGAAACAUAUGAAAAGUAAGGCACAUUACAAAAAAUGUUGCGAGUUAGGGAUAAACCCAAAUGAAGGCAAUGAUAUUGAAGGCGGGGAGAUGACUCAAUGCUCAGGAGAAACAGACGAUGACACUGACUCCGAAGGUGAUGAAGGAAAUGAAGGAGAAACAGAAUCUAGUGACACAGAAGUCUGCAAAUCAAGAUUGCCAGAGCAUGAAGCUGCACAUUGUUUAUUGUCUUUGGGGAGUUCUAGACCUACUACAUCAGCCACACCUGGUUUGAUAACAAGUGCUCGACCUUCUACUUAUCCGUAUACUCCAACAGGUUUAGAAAGUAUGAACGAAACUUCAGAAAAGAUACUUCCUGUCAGUUCAGUGGAUUCAGGAAUUGAUGUGGAAAAUGAGCCUAUGGAUCUUAGUAAAAGUGAUACGAAACCAGUUUCUAAUAUUCCUGAAAUACCAACUGCAAGAGAAUCGAGUGUUCUUGCAUCAUUAGCUUCAAACACUGCGAAGCUACCUCAACAUCAAACUCAAUGGGCUAACGGAGAACCAAUGCUCCAUACAUAUUUGACAGAACGAGCUCUAUUAGACUCCAAGAUAAAACAAAGCCAACUGACGUGCAAUUUAACUAAAUUAAGAAAAAUUGAUUUAGAACAAUCUGCAUUUACGGACACAAACAAUAGUAGUGAUAAUGAUAGUAUUAAUAUAGUGGUAACAUCAGUUAGGAAUCUUGUCACGAUGCCCAAUAUGUCGCCAAAAAAUGCUAAUACGUUAAAAACGACAACGAAUGAAAACGAUAACGUGACAUCUCUAUCUGCAAUUACAGAUAAUAAUACUACUGAUAGAGUAAAGGAUGCUUCUGUUCCUUUAAAUACUGAAACAAAAAUUGUUCGCACAAUGAAUCAAACAAAUGCAGAAAAUGCAAAACACGUAGUUUCUGAAUAUUUAAAACAAGCAAGAAUAAAUCUUAAUCUUGUAAAGAUACAAGAAGAUUUGCAGAAUCAAACUGAUAAUUCUAGUGACGACAGCAAUAAUUUAAAACUCAAUACAGAAGAUAAUAUGCAAAUUCAAGACAAAGGCAAUAAAUCAGAACCUGAUUCUGUUAAAAUGACAUCUGUGGAACACGAUCCUAUUGCAAGAAAAGUGGUUAUAGGUGUAGGAGGUGUAGCAUUUAAAGUGACUAAGGGAAAAGGAUUUGAAAGUACAUCUUUUCCACCUGGUCGACUUAUGGAAGAUGGCCGUAGAGUAUGUGAUUUUUGUAAUAAAACUUUUAUAAAACCAUCGCAACUGCGAUUGCAUCUCAAUAUACACUACAUGGAGAGGCCAUUCAGAUGCAGCGUGUGUGCUGUGAGUUUCCGAACAAGAGGGCAUCUUCAGAAACACGAACGAUCAGGUUCGCAUCAUAAUAAAGUUUCUAUGACAUCCACAUUUGGCGCAGCGACGACUUUUAACCCGCGCCCAUUCCGAUGUUCAGACUGCAACAUAGCUUUUAGAAUACAUGGUCAUUUAGCCAAACAUCUUAGAAGUAAAAUGCAUGUAAUGCGACUUGAGUGUCUCUUCAAAUUGCCUUUCGGGACAUUUACAGAAAUUGAGCGAGCUGGUGUUAGUUUAACGGACAUUGAUACAACAGAUUGUGCGAGUUCUCUUGCUAGUUUACAGUCACUCGCUCAGAAAUUACAUGAGAAAGAUCCUACGAAAUUAGAAUAUCGUGAACCCAAUGGGAUGGUUAUGGCAUCUCUGCCUCUGGGUAGAGAAUCAUCUGAGGAUGAAGAUGCAGUUCUAGCGGGAGAAAAGAUAUGUGACAGUGAAAAAAGUAGUGAGAUGAAGACUAUUAAUAAUAGUGAAGGACAGGACGUAGAAGCGACAGUUAAUUAUAGUGCCACAGAUAAUUAGUGCCAAAAUUAUAUUAAGUAGGAUAUUUUAAUGUGCAAUUUUGUUUUGUUGUUAAUUUAAGGUGUAAUUAUUCAUACUGGGGUUUCACUCAGACGUGUGAAAACAAAAUGAUGCGCUUUAAUUAUACAUAUUUGUAUUUUGUUUCAAUGUAAUUGCAUUGUCUUGUAAAUAUCUCAUACUGAAGUAAUUUUAAUAUUGUUAAAUUUGCUUCCAUUGUAAGGCUUACGUAAUUUGUUAUUAUUAUUAGUAAUUUAAAUGUAAUAACAAAAAAAAAAUAGAAUUUAAAAAAAAAUAAAAUUCUUAAAUUCUAUUGAAAAAACAAGAAACUUAAAGAACACUUAAACUCCCUUUAGAGGUCCAUGUUCCAGGUGAAUAACGCUUGAAAUAUCAAUGAUACAUAUUACAACUAUAAAUUUAGUCAAGUUUAUCUUGAUAAGUACCAUAAUUACGUCUUUUGUAUGUAUUUUUAUAAAAUAUAUACCACAAUGUAUUUAUACUGUACAAUAUCUACUUCCAAAAUGCAUUAUCUUUAAAAUGAUUGGCAUAUCAACUUCCAUAAACAAAAUUUAGAUGUACAUACAUAAAAUCCUUGAAGAGUCUUCCAUAUCAAAAAAGUUCUUGUGCGCUAGGUAUUUCUUCGUAAUACUAGUUACUCUCCAUUUGGGUGAAUAUUUGACGAGUAUGAGUUCUGAAAGGGUUCCCUUCAUUUAUUAACAAGCAGAAUUAAUUGUAUUAUAAUUAAUCUCAAUGUGAAAUAUUGUCGCUUUAUCUUGUUAUGAUAUAAAAAACAACCAUUUAUUGAAUUAUUGAUAUAUAUACGUGUGUGCAUGCUUUCCGUAAGCCUAGUAAUUUUUGUCUGUUAUUAUGACAGAACUGAAAAUUAUAUCAUUAUGGUUAAGCUACUUUACCUACUUAUUAUAUACGUAAUUGAAAAGAAAAAAUAUUUUUUAAAAUAAGUACUUAUACCUACAAUUUUAUAUUAGCUAUUUGAAAUAAUGUAAUUUUAGAUAUUUUCAAAGCCUAACUAAACUGGAAUGUAUGUAUAUAUUUAUACAAGUAAAAUAAAACAUAAUUUGGGGACUUACAGGAUCUUUACUUAAAGUUUUACUUUAGGCGUUAACACUACCGUUAGGUGUAGAAAGUGAAACAUUUUUGUUUUAUGUUUCACAAAUUCUAACCCAAUACAACAAUCUCAAUAACCAUAAUCAUAAAAAUGUGAUGAUUGUUAUUAACCAUAGAUUGUUCAAUUACUGUUAAUUUAAUGGUGUUUUCCUUAUAUAAAAGUUCAAACUUCUCUAUUCAGCUAAAAUUUAUAAUUGAACUGUGCAUUAGUGCGACAAAAUUAAUAUAGAAACAAUAUGGAAAUAAAAUUUAUAGAUUAUAAAAGAAUUAACAGAAUCGGUUCAGACUAGUGAAAUUAUGGCGUAACACACGUAUGAAAAUAAACGAUUUCAGAACAUUUUUGAAGUUCCUUAAAAAUAAUGUAUUUUAUUAGUGUUUUUUAAUAACUCGGUAUGGAUUUUAAUGGAUGUCUUUGGAAUCGAAUAAGUUGUGCGAGUGCUCUAGCCUAGAUAGGCCUAUAUGAAGACAGGAUAAAAUUAAAACGGUGUUCAUUGAAGUUUCGUUCAAAUUUAUACAUAAUCGAAUCCAUUUCUAACGAUUUACAAUAUUAAUAGUUUUUUACAUAAUGAGUGAAAUUAUGUAAUUAAAGUUUAAGCGUGCCUUGUUAGAAGUUGCAACGCAGACAGUCCUUAUUGUAAAAUUUUGCUUUUUCAUUACUAUCAUUGAUUAUAAUAUGUAUAUAAUGUUUAUAUAUAACCUUUAUACGCUGAAUCAGCGUGAAGAUAUCGGCCCCGAUUCUGAGGCACCGUUUACCUAACUUUUCUUUUUAACUAAUAUUUUAAUUCGAUUAAUUUUAUAGAAACUUUUGUUUUAUGGAUCGUUACAGACAAAAAUUAUCAUAAUGUUGAGUUAAAUCUAUUAGAAAAUUAACUCUUACUGUUCUUUAGAAUAAUGAUUUCGCUGUAAUAUCAAAUUUAAGUUUUAGAGAUAGGUUUAGAAAAACAGCGCUUCAGAAUUCACUCUAUUAGGAUCAUUUAGGCAUAUCGAAGCUUACCGAAGAAUGGCAAGGCAACGUUGAAAACGUUGCCUUGCCAUUCUUCAACGUCAGUUUUCAAAAACCAAUAAAAUUGAAUAUUCUGAUUAAUAAGUUAAAAAGUUAAGCAUGUAAUCUUAUUGAACUCUAACUGAAAAUUUGGAUUUACAUGGCACUUUAUAUACAACAUAUUCUACGAUUAACGUUUUAGUUUUCAAUGACAGCAACUUUUUAAAUAAACAAUCAGAAAUAUUGAAAAUUGUUUUCGAAAAUUGACAUAUUAUUGCUAUGUUGUCACAUUUUGGUUAGUUUUGAGUUAUUAAGCAUGUGUGUAUCAUCAAUCGUGAAGUAAAAUUGUUGCCGUAUAAGGCAAUCGCAAACAACUAUUUUUUGUCUCUGUAUAAUAAAAAUUACUUAAAUAAUAUUUUAACGUAACAUUGGAGGAUAUUGUUUUCAUGUAAAAUUAAAUCGUAAUCUUGUAAAGAUUCAAAUGAUAGUAAUGAAAACCACAAAAUAUGACUGAGGGCAAACAUUUUUCGAUGAAAAAAUUCAUGUAAGUAGGUACCUAAAUCUUUUGUUACUUACAAAGAAAUUAUGUACUUACUUUAUUUGUAAAUUAAGCCAGCAUUCAGUUGUUUUUAAAAUAUUUAACUAUUGGCUACAACAGUAUCUGAUAUCAUUUUGUGCAAUUUUAUUUAUGACAGAGCAGACCAUAUCUUCAUAACAACAUUCUGUGGGAUGAAAGAAAUAAUUUUUAUUAUUGAGUGUUGUAAACACAGACAUGUAUUUAUGUUUAUGGUUUUGACUCAGGUUUGUUAUACAAUUGAAUUAAAUAUAUUAAUUAAGUUGCCUGUUUCAAUUUAAUGUAUAGUAAGAUGGUAUAAGAAAAUAGUAAGGAAGAAGAAAUAUGUAAUGUAAUAAAUUUUCUUAAAGUAGGUAAUUUUUAUGUUGUGUAAGCGGCCACGUUGUUAUAAGAAAUGUUUUCAUUUUGCUUGAAAAGAUUUUAUAUUUUGUAUAUAUCGGAUAAAAAUAAAACACAAACUUGUCAAAUAUUUACUCAUUUAUUGUUUAUUAUACAUUAUAUGGAUGGAUAUUUUAUAAUGAUAAGAAUAAUAAACUAAAUGUAAAAUAUGAA